CAACACACUCAAUAUUUGUGGAUUUUAAUUCGCCUCUUUUAUUAUUGUCGUCUUUGAUAAUUGUUAUAUCAUCUCAUCAACGGACGAUAUUUGUUGGUGGAUUUUAUCAUCAUCACUAUAGAUUUUUUCUAAUAAUAUAUAAAUAUAUUUAUUUAAUAAUUUAAAAAAGCGAGAGAAAUUGAUCAUCUAGAAAAUGUUGACUACAUCAAGGAGUUCAUCAUCACUGAGUUUACAGUCCUUUUCUAGUGGUUCAAAGUUAAUGUCCUUUGAACAAUUUAAUGAAAAGUUUAAUCAACCAAAAUUACUCUAUCAACAUUCAUCAGAUGUUGUUCAAGUUUAUCAAUAUAAUGAAACAUCAUCAUCAACACAUAGCUGUUUGGUGUUUGUACAUCACGGUACACUUCUUCAAACAGGUAGAUUAUUUAAGAAAUUAAUUGAUAACAACAAGUUAAUGCCAAACGUAAUGCCAUACGAUGAAGCAUAUAAAGACGAGGAGGAAUAUGACGCAUCAUAUUAUAUGGUCUGUAGAGACUCUAGUGUUUUGAAUGCCUAUCAGUCACAACAGGUUAAAACUCUUGAGGAUGUUUUCAAUGAUCCUACUGCCAUUCACAUGUUAAAUGAUUUUGUAGCAUUGAAGAAUCUGAUAUUGGAUAUUGCUAACGGCCUCAGACAAUUGCACAGAUCUGAAUUGACUCACAAUAAUUUAUAUGCCUAUACUGUUUUACUUGUUAAUAACAAAAAUUACGAUGGAACUGCUAGGUCACAGGCUAAGAGAGCCAUACUUCAAUUCCCUGGUAUUGGUAUUUCCUAUUUAUUACAUAUUGGAUCAGAUAUUAAUUAUGCUCCAGAAGUCACUCACCACACAGAAUUCUCUAAAGAAAAUGAUGUAUUCAUGUUUGGUUUGUUGGUUCUCAAAAUAUUGACAUUCAGAGAUUUGAAUAUUCAUGCAGAAAACUUUGAAUGGAAGAAGGAUGUGCAAGAAAAAAUAGCAGCUAGAUUUGGAGCUAAAGCCUCUUCGCCCUUCAUUAGAUCUCUAACUGCUUUAGCUAAGGAAUGUGUUCUUUCUCAAUUCAGACCAACUUCGGAUCAUUUAGUUUCUAGAGUUAAUGCUUUAUCGGAAAAGGACGAAAAAGUGACACAACCAGUUAUGGAUGAUUACGACUAUGAGGAUAGCUUUGCUUCUCUUGGUGUUGGUAGCUCACAUUACUUUGAUUCUUCGGACGCUCCUCAUUUGAAUAAUUAUGGUGAGGAAGAUUUCCAAGUACAUAACUUUGAUGCAGGUCCAGUCAUUAUUGAUAUGGACGAAGAUGAUGAAGAAUCUGAUACUUUAAGUGGAGAAGUAUUCGAUAAAAGAAGAAAAUCAAGUAGAAUGUCUGCCAAUUUGAGUAGUAUGAAGGACACAUUAAAGGAUAGACUCAAUGAACUGAAUCCGGAAGAGGAAGUAAAACUAACAGGUAUUAAGAAAUUAUUUGCCUGUUUCUUUGGAGGUCAUGAAAAGAUUGACCAUGAUGGAGCUAACAGAAUUGAUUUAUAUACAGCAACAGCUAACGAACAAUCACAGGAGGAUGCUCUCCCUGAUUAUUUGAUUGAAGGUAAAAAGAAAAGAGAAACACUGUUUUGCGAGAAAUUAAUCAGAAGAGUACCUAGUGGAUCAAUCAUUCUUGUAAAGGAUGAAAAGACAAGAACCAACAUGACAAUGAAAAAAUGUACAAAGGGAAAUGAGGAAUUUUAUGAAAGGGAAAUCAAAGCUUUGAAACAAAUGGAUCACCCACGUAUAACCAAGUAUAUUGAUAGCUUUGACUAUACAGACGAUGACCACUAUACCGAUCACAUUUCAAAACACAUAGUUCUCAAGUACUAUCCAAAUAGUGACUUGGAAGAUUGUUUCCUUAGAAAGAAGCCAAAGUUUGUGCUGUCACCUGUUUUAUUUAUGAAGAUAAUAACUCAAUCAUUUGAGGCUCUAGCCUAUUUGAAUGAAAUUUCGCGUGUUCAUGGUAAUAUAACCCCAGCAAAUAUUGUAUUGGAUGAUUCGAUGAAUGUUGUGUUUGUCGAUUUUGCUUUCAGUUGGAGAAAGGAUGAAAAGAUUACGUUUGUAGUUAAAAGUAACUACACAGCUCCAGAACAAAAGAUUGGAGCUUUAGCAAAUCCAAUGUCUGAUAUUUUCAGCUUGGCUACCUCUAUGCUUGAAUUAUUAAUGGGAGAAAGAAUAGAUAUCAAGACUUUGAAAAAUCAAAAUAUGACAGUAACAGAUGCUCUGCGAUUAAUUUUGGGCAAUGAUAAUUUUACUCACAAAUUUUCAGUAUUGCUCAAUAACCCAAACCUCAACACUAAGAAUAUUGGAGAAAUAUUAAGAGAUGCCUCUGCCUUGGAUGUUCAAAACAGAAAACCAGCUGCACAGAUAGCUAAGGAUUGUGCCAACCUGAGAGAACAAGUAGCAGCAAUAGCUAUUCAAAGAUAUUAUCGUGGUUCAAAAGUUAGAAAACAGUACAAAGACAAAUUACCUAAGAAGGAGCAAAAACAAAAUCUCACCAGAAGAGAGAUUAGAAGAAUCAAAGCAAGUCAAAGUAAUUACGCAAUCAGUUCCAUUUCCAAAAGUAGUAGCAGUUAUGGCAUUGCAUUACACAACAGAACUAACUCUGCCACAAUGACAGCAAGUUCUGGGGUGAGUUUGUUAUCGGACAAGUCUCUUGAGAGAAAAGCCAAAAUCAAAUCCUUCCUUGCCAUGUCUAAGGCGCACAAUUUGGUUGAUAUGGCAAAAGUGAAUAUCUCAACAAUUACUCGUUCACAAAUGAAGGAAAUCAAUGAGUUUGUACCAUCAAUUUUCUGCCGUAUCAUUCAAUUUAAGGAUCAAGAACAGGCGAACGAUAGUGAUGAAACGGAAGGAUCGAUCGGAUCAAGCUACUCUAAAAAACUGUUAAAUCAAACCUUAAAUUUAGAUGAUGUCAUUAUAAGUGAAAUUGAAUUUCCAGAAUUAAGUAAAAAGGAAAAGAUGGAAGGUUCUAAGGUGAUCCAUUCAUAUCCUCCAGAGGUUUCGUUAAAAACAGUCACUUGUGGAUUGGGACACUAUGUAUUUGUAUUUAGGAAGAUCAUUGAGGAAAUGAAAGAAUUAGUUGAUUCAGCCAUGUUGGAUGAAAUUCACGUACAGAAAACUAUUAACAUGACUCUGAGAAGGAAGGAUGUUGUGUUUGUUGCAGCAACUGCCACUCAAACUUGGUUUGCUGUUGAUAGAACAGAAAUGGCUGUGGAUUAUUGUUUGGAAAUUGGUAAAAUUGAGAAUGGAGUUAUGAAAUAUAUUUUCACAUUUGAUGAUCCAGAUCACAUGGUUGGAAUUCAUUGUACAAAGUACUAUCCAUUAAUUCAUUGUUAUGUUGCCAAGUUCUUAGAAAGUACACCAUCAAGAACCAUUCCAACAUCCAAAUGUAAACUUGUCUUUGUACCUUUCAUUAGUUUCAUCAACACGGAUUCAGAAAUUGAAAGAGUGGAAGCAUCUCCAUACAAUGGUCAUGUAUUCUUCUAUGAAAGAGGAGGAAAGACAGCAUGGCUAUUGAAUGAUUCAUUUGAAAUUACUCGUCUCGAAGCAACAGGUCUCAUUGGAGGAGAAUGUUAUGAAAUGUCUAUGCAUUUAAGAUCUAGUCAGGAUAGAACAAUUCUCUUCUUGAAGAAUUAA